AUGAAUGCGCUCACGGACCCCCGGUUCAGCGAUCUCGUGGGCGGCAUGCCCCAGACCACGUUCGUCGAGGCCUUCCUGCUGCUUUCCCCCUCUUACUUCAUCGUGCCCUACCGUGACAUCCACCGCCCGAUCCAUCCCUUUGUGGAGAACCUCAAACAGCUCAAGCUGCUGGAAGAACGAUUCGACGAGUUCGCCAACAACCUCGCGCGCAUCAUCCGCACCAGGGUUGCGGGAGGGCAGCAACUGGGUCUGCCGGAAUUCACACACCUGCUCGCCUGCGCAGCCUCCAUGGCGGAUGUCCCCAUGGCGCAGCAAGUAUGGCAGGCGAUGAAAGAUCAUGAGGUCGAGCCCGACACCCAGUGUUACAAUCACUUUAUGGAAACGCACAUUUGGGAAGGAACAUUCACCGGCUUGGAGAAGUAUCGCAUGAGAGUGACUCCGUACUCGUAUGAAAAACGAAAACACGGUUAUGAGAGUCAAGGCUGGAGCGGAUACGGCACUGGACGACGCAGCGUGCGCAAAAUCAUACGAGUGCUAUUCCAGGAGAUGGUGGACAGAGCAGUCCCUCCGAACGAGGAAACCUUUGCCAACUUGCUCCUUGGCUAUUGCCGCGGAGGUUGGGUUCCUGGAAUGAAGGAUAUUCUCCGAGUCACGUGGAACAUCGAUGUCGACGAAGUGAAGGCAGAAAGCGACUGGUCGAGACUGUCGGAGGUCAAACACAAUGAUCCUGCCUCCCCCCUUUAUCCCACGGAGCGACUUCUGUUCGCGGUGGCUCACGCCUUCGGCACGAACAAUGACAUCGACGCUGCGAUAUCUACAGUAGAGUUCAUCUCGGCCCAGUACAAAAUUCCGAUUCCUGAGAGAGUUUGGAUGCAGUUGUUUGAGUGGGCAUUCGUUCUGUCGCGUCGCAGAUUUGGCCGGCACAAGGAGCAAAUGAGUUUAGGGCACAUCAGCUCAUUACGCGUGAUCGACUUGUUCGAGAAGAUGACCGCGGAGCCACACAACGUGCGGCCCACAAUGGUGGUCCGCUGCAAGCUUGCGAAGAUAGCGUGGGAUCGCAAAAUCCUGCGAGACUACAAAGCGCAGAUGGCUGCUGCGUAUAAGAUCUUGAAAGAGACAAGGCAAAGGCAGUUGGAAGCGAGGUCCGUCAUCGAAGCUUACAUGAAGCGGCGCAGGCCACAAAACGACCACACGCACUGGCAAUCGCGGGAAUUCUCCGACGCCAUAUACACCUACGACAUCCUUAGGCUGCACACCACCCAACAGACCGAGUUCAUGGACAAGCUCGCGAGGAACAUGCUGAUCAACAGGCUAUGGACAGGCCGAAACAAUUAUUCAUGGCAAAGGACUCUGUUCCCGAGCAUGCUGGAGGAAUGGGAGGACUUUCUCCCGAAGGAGUUCAUCUUUCACAUGAGAACCGGACUGGUGUACUUCCAUGGAGAUAUCGGGUGGGGUAGCGCUUACCGCUACAGCGGCAAGCGCAUACCGAUUCGACGGCCCACUCCCCAUAACGAUGUCGAACCGGGCGACGAGGUCAACUAUAUUGACGAUGAGUUUUUCUGGCGAGCGGUUCUCCGACUCAACCCGGACAUUGAGCCAACCUCUCCGUCCCUAAGGCGGCUGUUCGACCCAGUUCUCAGGACCGAAACUCCGCUGUAUGUAGCCGGGAAGACACUGGAUCAAGGCGAGCAGCGCUCGGAGCACCAAACGGUGAUGUCCUCCAACUAG